AUGCCAUCGGACCUCCAAGUGUUCGUGAAAUGGAAAGAACAGACAGUCUUUGCGGGUGAAGAUGUCGAGUGCACCAUUACCUUCAAGAAUGUCGCAGAGAUAGCCGAGUCGGAACCGAGUACACCUCAUCCCCAGCAUCAGCGCAGGACAUCUCGAUCACUCAACGCUGAUGGCUACUUGCCCGCCAAAUCCUCGCCUACAUUCUUUUUCAGCGGCAAUCGACGUUCCGUUCCAUCGAGCCCCCGUCGACCGGCGUUGGGAUCCCACCGUGUCUCCGCCUCUCUGAGCUCUCCGUUGACCGGGUCUCACAGCUUCCCUCCUCUUCAUGCGCCGUCACAUUUAAAUAAUGGCCCGAAUCAUCAGCACAAAAGAUCGGUAUCGAUCCUCUCGAUAGAAAGUGACAAUGGGGGUGCGCUGGAGAAAACACCAGUUUCGACACAAUUUUCACGCCCAGGACCUUGGGCUCAUGGGCGUUCUGCUAGUUUACAGAUUACUCCUAACCGGGCAGGUGGGUUGGAGGAUUUCUUGCCUUCGGGAGGCGGUAGAUCUCCCAUUCGAGGAAAUCCCUCGACAGAGUCGGCUCUAAGCCCGCGCCUGGAAGCCGAAGAGACGCUCAGAGCCAGCCAACCCGGUCCAAUCAGCGCAGGAAAAUUGCGAGGCACCCGCACGAGACCUUUACCAAUACCUAAUGAUUUCAAGUUUCCCAUGAGCCCAGAUCCUGCAAGUGAGGCUGACGGCGAUGCAUCAUCCAACGGCAUGGCAAACAACGAUGGAACGGCGUCGCGGCAGCUACCCAAGCAGCCUCCAUCCCUUACACAACAAGCUCAUUUGGCCCCAGCGACAAGGAUACUUUCUAGUUCGAGCGUCAAUGGGAGUAAUAGAAGCAGUGGAGAGUUUUAUGCAGCCAGCAACAACUCAACGGAUACUCUGGACUCCGAAUACACGAAUUAUGGCGGAAACCGAUCAAAGGCUAACAUGGCCAAACAUCGGCGACAUUACUCAAGCUUGGAGCCAAUUGCGAGCAAAAAAGAAUUUCUUACUUUACUAAUGGGCUACGCCCAGGUAAGCGCAUCGUUUACGGUUGACGGUUCCCUCAUCAAUCAGUCGGUGUUUGAGGAAGUGAAACGUAAAGGUGUUGUUGGCGGCCAGACUACUAAUCGUAGCAAGGAGAGACCCCGUCGGAGUGGUGGACUCCUAGGUGCAUUUGGAUGGGAUGCCAUUGAAGAGUCCAUAAGCGGCUUACUUUCAAACGGUGACCUCGAAGGUCUCAGGGAUAUGAGGGGUGUUGCAAACUCGAACUCGAUUCCGUUGCUUUCGACGCCACAGUCUCUUCUGUUUGUUGACCUCCGACUCGGUCCUGGGGAGGAAAAAUCAUACUCCUUCUCAUUCACCCUGCCUAGAGGCCUGCCCGCUACCCACAAAGGAAAGGCGAUCAAAAUAUCCUAUAACCUUGUGAUUGGCACACAACGGCCGAGUGGCCCGAAGGAAUCUCAACAAGUCAAUCGUGUCAAUAUCCCUUUUCGAGUCUUUAGUGGUGUGAAUGACCAAGGAGAUGUUCUCGGUCACGAUCUUACGCAGCCCUACGUCCUUUUGCGCGACGAAGCACGCGUGCAAAAGGUCAGCACCGGACCGCGUCCAGUUCAAAAGGAAAAAAGUAUCAGUGGUCCGACCUGGACUACAGCGCCGGAGUUCUUGUCGUAUGUAGACGAACUCCUAGAAAAACAUCAAACGCAAAACCUUCGCACCCCGAUGCCACCGAAGACAACGACUCUUGAAAAGAGACAUUCAUAUACUGCUCAUGGGCCACACCCAUCGUCCUGUAAAGACGCUAUUGAUCUUGCCAUCCUUCGCAGUAACCAGGUCACCAGUACCAACCGCAGCGCCAAUCGCUUUGAUAUUGCGCGGAAUGGCCGCCGCAUUGCCGAAGUGGUUUUGAACCGUCCUGCUCAUCGACUAGGAGAGACGAUUCUCGCUACUAUUGAUUUUACAGACGCAGCACUUCCGUGCUUUUCUUUGAGAGCGACUUUGGAGACGUCUGAGAAGGUCGACCCGUCAUUAGCCUUGCGGUCUAACACAAGCAUACAUCGUGCCACUCGGCGUGUUUAUGCAUCCUACUUUGAGAAUACGCUGUUUUCUACGCGCGUGGUGUUUAGCCCUGCGAUCCCGGUUUCGGCAACCCCGACGCUCUUGACGGCCGGCAUAAAGCUGGAUUGGGAUCUUCGUUUUGAAUUUGUUACGACCCAUUCAAAGCACGAUGCAGAUGCACAUACUUCUGGCAGCAGGCUCCUAGAAUUGAUUAGUCAAGACGAGCGGGGCUCGGUCCUUUCUGCGUUAGAAAACUUGCCCAGCGAGUCCUUUGAGAUUGCUAUUCCUCUAACCGUCUACGGUGAAACGGUUCGAGAGCCAUUAGUUGAGGAAAACGAAGGAUACUCGAUAUGA